CUGACGUCACAAAUGUGUCAAAAUUAUUUCCUAUAUUAUUUACAAUGACUAAAAGUGGUACAGAAGACUUCACAAAGUCCUCAGAUAGAAGACCGAGAAGCGGCAGCGAGAUCAGCCCGCGAGUUCCCCUCCACUUUACGGUGCACAAGCCCGGGUGUCACUUCGAGAGCUGCUGCGGCAUUUGCAAUCUGUUCCCAGGUGUGCUGCUGAUAGCCUUCUGCCAGGUCCUGGUCGGCUCCGUACUCCUCACCCUCAUCCUGACUCAUGGCAAGCAGUACGACAAGAUACAUAAUACACCGGACUCGCAAAUCAUGAGCUUGGGCACCGGCGCCAUGCUGAGCGGUGUGACUGGCGCCGGAUUCCUGCUCAUCAUAGUCGCUCUUACGGAGAAUUGCAGAGCUAUGCUGAUUUAUUUACUGGUGGCGAUGUUUGUCUUGAUGGGGAUUGUGUCUCUGGCGGUGGCUAAGAUUGGGCGUUCCUGUAUACGGUUUAAAGACGCCUCCAAAAUAAAAGAUGAACAACAUAGGCUCGUCAAUCUAGCUUGUGUUAGCGGAUUAUUCACAUUUUUCGGAGCAGUGUUGUAUUUCUUCUCUUUCGUGGUGGUGUUCAGUUUCUAUCACUUCCGGUACGUGAGACGCGCCAUACUCAUGCACGAGGCAGAGUGCGAGUAGAUCUGGAGUUAAUGUUGUU